AUUUCCGUGGAAGUCUCAGGAGAUUAAAUAACGCGACUGAAUUGGAUUAAUCUAAUCAAGUUCUCGCUUAAUUAAUCAGUUCGAGUGCCUCCUAUUUAAGGCGAAACAUUUGUGAUAUUACUCAGUCUACUAUUAGCUGCUUUACGAGUGUUUUACUUGGUGAAAUGAAACUUUUAAUUUUAAUUUGUUCGUUAUUGGCUGUAGCGGUGGGACAAGAUCCUUCGCUAUCAUGUAAUUAUCGCAGUGCUAAUCAAAUUUACAUGUGCGAACUAUUCAUCAACAAUCCUAACGGUUUCGAUAAUUUUACUGAAAUUGGUGGCAUUCAUUUGGAAGGAUUUAGCGACGCUGAUGUGAAUUCGAUUUACCGAUCCGGUGGAAGUACUACGAAUAUACCGCAGAUUAUUUGUGACACAUUCCCCAACAUCAACAUUUUCGAAAUAUACGGAACACAAUUGACUGAAAUUAAUGACAACGCACUCAGUGGUUGCUCACAAAUCAGACGACUGUAUUUGUUUUACAAUCGAAUCGCUACGAUUUCGGAAAAUGCUUUCGCCAAUCUUCGAGAAGUUGAGUUCAUUGACUUGGGCGAUAACGUCCUGACUACGUUGCCCGAAAAUGUGUUUGAAAAUCAACAAAAUUUAACGGGGCUGAGCUUGAACUGGAACUUGUUGAAUGACUUACCAACCGAUCUUUUCAGACCGCUUGAGAACCUUGUGGAAUUAGGUUUAGGAUAUAACAACCUUUCCGCAUUUAACAAUGAAUGGUUUUCGACAAAUUCCAAUAUGCUUUACUUGUCUAUAGCUGGCAACAGACUCAAUCUGACAGACGAUAGCUUCGGAAACUCUCUACAAUCUCUGAUCUUUCUUAAUUUGGGAUUCAACGCAAUCAGUGAAAUUCCAACUGGAACAUUUGCCAGCCUAACCAACCUAAACUCUUUACAGCUAUAUGGCAACAAUAUUCGUGUAAUUCAAGAAAACACGUUCGCUGAUCUCGAUCAAUUGAGCAGUUUGGAUAUUAGUAGUAACCCGAUAGAAAGAAUCGAUGAUGGGGCAUUUCAAGGACUCGACAGUCUGGUAUCAUUGUCACUAUCAGGUUGUCGUUUACGCGACCUGAGUUCAAUUUCAUUCGAAAAUCUCACCAAUUUAGCUUCAAUUGACUUGAAUUUUAACGAAAUUGAGGAUAUUGAUGCUGGAACGUUCGCACCGAUGCCAAAUUUGGUUUACGUCGGUCUUUGGAAUAAUCGCCUGAAGACAUUACGAAGAAACAGUUUUGGAACCUUAACUGAGCUACGUACAUUGGAUUUGGACGGAAAUAUUGUGAAUGCACUCGACAGAGCGAUUAUCGACGAUGCAGUGAACCUUAACACACUUUACUUCAACGGAAAUCUCUGUGCCAACAGUUACUUUGGCAACUUCUUUAACAGCAGAGCGACGUAUUUGCCAAUGCUCGAAGUUUGCUUCAGAAACAUGAGAUACAUCGUUGAUACGACGACUGAGAGUGACGGUGUCUAUUCAUUUUUCGAAGGACCACAGCCCGGAAUAGUACUACGCGUUCAAUCUGACAACGAAGUACAGAUCGCGCUCACACCAUUCAGUUUUGUAUGGACUCCAUCAAUCGAAAUUUUCAUUGGAUCAGCCAACAAUACUCGAUCCGUGAUACGAGUAAACGAGGAGACUGAUGUGGUCACAGUGCCAACACCAAAUGCCAUACAACAGAAUCAGUGGAACGAUUUCAGAGUGACUUGGGCAAAUCAGAAUGUUCUUGUUUUCCGAAGUAAUGAAACCUUCCCAUUCAUGAGUUACACCAUGCAACAUUUCUUCCCGGUUAAUUUUUAUGGUUUGAGGGCUGUUGAGACCAGAGCUACGUGGAGUGUGACACCACAUGACGAGUGAACAUAAUCCGAAGUUCUAUACUAAAUAUUAACAGGAAUGAUGAAUGUGUAAAUGAAAUAAAUUAUUGGA